AUGCUGUCGCCGUCGGCAUCCAGCGAGGAUCUCACGCAAAUGACAAGCCCCCGGCCGACCGACCCCCUUCUUGGCCAUUCGAACGUCCAGAGGAGGGGUGGUCGAGGAACCGGUCGCACGGCGACAACCUUUGCGGCCGGCGAAUCCGACGACAGCGAUGUCGACGCGACGGGAAACACAUUUGAGAAUGAGACCCAGGCAGGCGUGAGGAGGGUCGAGGCCACCACGACUGUGUGGUCCAAGACGCAUCUCGUCGCCGCCUACGCCAACAUCUGGUUCAUCUACUUCAUCAUAUCCAUAGAGGAAGUCGUCGUCGGAGCCAUGGAGCCGUUCGUCACGAGCGCCUUUGAGAAGCACUCGCUCACGGCCGCCGUCGAGGUCAUGUCGAGCAUCAUCGGCGGCUUGACCAAGAUACCCAUUGCCAAGAUCCUCGACACCUGGGGCCGUCCGCAGGGCCUGGCGCUGACCCUGUUCGUCUGGGUCCUGGGACUCGUCAUGAUGGCGUCUUGCCAAAACGUCGAGACCUUUGCCGCGGCAAAGGUGUUUAGCUCCGUCGGAUCCCAAGGCGUCACAUACUGUCUCACCAUUUUCAUAGCCGACACGUCGUCGCUGCUGAACCGCCCGCUGAUGCUGGCGUUUGCGUCGUCUCCGUAUGUUAUCACGACCUGGGUCGGUGGCCCCGUGUCGGACGCCAUCCUGAACGGGCCUGGCUGGAGAUGGGGCUUCGGCAUCUGGACCAUUGUCACGCCCAUUGUCGUUCUGCCACUGUCCGCCCUGUUCCUCUGGAAUGACAGAAAGGCCGAAAACGCCGGACUCAUUGAGCGACGCACCGGAUCCAUCACCUUCCAGGAUGUCAAAAAGUACAUGAUUGAUGUAGACUUGGUCGGUGGCGUUAUACUGGCCGGAGGUAUGGCUCUCUUUCUGUUGCCAUUCAACAUCUGGUCCUACCAAGCCGAGCAGUGGCACUCACCUCUCAUCAUCGGCAUGAUCAUCUCCGGCAUCGCACUGAUCGUGGCGUUUGUCCUGUGGGAAAAGUUCCUGGCCCCCGUCAAGCUGGUGCCUGUCCGGCUGCUCAUGGACCGCACCGUGUUCUCGGCCGGCAUCAUGUUCAUCUUUGUGUUUGGCCAGUCGUCCAUCUGGGGCAGCUUCUUCACGUCGAUGCUGUACGUCGUGUGGGACACGAGCAUAACCGAGGCCACGUACAUCCACAACAUCUACCGCGUGGGCUCGUGCCUCGCCGGCAUCCUGAUCGGCCUCAUCGUCCACCGGGUCGGGCGGUUCAAGUGGAUCGCGGCAUAUUACUCCAUCCCGCUGAGCAUGCUGGGCGUCGGGCUGCUGAUCAAGUUCAGGCAAGCGUCGGAGCCGCUUGGCUACGUGGUGCUGUGCCAGAUCCUCGUCGCCAUUGCCGGCGGCCCGACGGUCCUAGCAGGCGAAAUGGCCAUGAUGGCGCCCUCCGACCACCAGCACGUCGCCGUCCUCAUGGCCAUCCUCAACCUGUUUUGCAGCGUCGGCAGCGCCGUCGGGUCCUCCGUCUCCUCGGCCAUCUGGACGGGCACGUUCCGCCGCGAGCUCGUCAAGAACCUGCCCCCGGACGCGCCAAUAGACGAGAUCUACGGCGACCUGGACAAGCAGCUGUCAUACCCGGUGGGGUCAGUCAUCCGCAACGGCAUCGCGCGGGCGUACUCGGUUUCGCAGCGGUACAUGCUCAUCACCAGCGUCUCCCUCCUCGCAUGUGCGUGGGUUUGCACGUGGUUCUGGCGCGACAUCAAGCUUAAGCGCGUCAAGCAGGUCAAGGGGACCGUGGCAUAG